AAGUCCCGCUUCCGCCCCUGUGCGUCUCCUGGGUUGAGGCCGGGCGUGUGCAGUCCUGUGAGGCUGGGCCGCCUGUGCCCAGCUGCCGGGAGAAAAUCGUGGCUCUCCCUCUCCGGGACCCACCCCCACCCCCACUCCCUGCCUCUGCCACUGCCGGCAUGGCUGGCCCGCUGCCCCGGGAUGCGGUGCGUCAGGGCGCGCAGGUGAGAAGCCUCGGGCUCUGCGCAACCGUGCCCACCGAUGCCCCGCGCUGCGCCAGGCGCAGGGACGAGCCAGCGCGCCCCGCUCCCAAUGCAGAGGUUGGUCCUCCCCCGCCCUUCCCACCCCCAAACCCGCACGGUCCCUUCCCCCCAUGCCCCUUCUCCAAAGGAAGGAAAUUUACUAGAGAGAGUCCGGGGGCACAGGACCGGGUGGCUCUCCAGGGCGCGGGCAGCUGAGCCAUGCCCCCGCGGCUCGCCCUCCCAGUCGCCCUCCCGGGGCUGAGGCGCAUCUUUGUUCCGGCCUCCCUCUCCUUUCCUCCCCCCACCCCACCUGUGAGCCCGCAGCGCCCGGGACCUAGCUCAGGGCUCCUCUCCCCAAGCCGAGGACUACAUCUUUAAAAAAAAAAAAAAAAAAAAAUGAAAGGCAGCCACAUGACAAAGCUUUAUUUGCGCUCUCAAUGACACCCAAGCUGUCUGGCCCGGUUCGCGGGCAGGGGUUCCCUGUCCCGCCGAGGCUCCGAGCAGCCCCUGGCGUGCUCCCCGUCCUCAUGCCCAGCUAUCUGCCGCCUGCAAUCUUGCUGUAAUGUGCCCUGCGUGGGUUCCCCCCCUUCUUCCCCUCCCCUUUGCAGAAGUCUGCAGAUGGAUUCAGGGGAGGGAGCAUAAACAUCUCCCCCGCAGUUGACACUGGCCUCCGAGCCCAAGGUGGUGCUCCCGUGGUCGUCCUCCUGGUUUUCGAGCAUACCCAUUUAAAGGCUAUGCCGUAUUUCAUCCUUUCCCCUCGCUGUCGGCCAGAGGGCUCGAGAGGGGGAGGGGAACGUCCAUCUCUCCCUCCCCAUUCUUGUUUUUACUCUGGAUGUUACUGCAGCGGCACUGAGGUGACAGGAGCGCUCUGUAGCUCCUCCGAGCCCGGGCUGCUCUCCGAGGCAGGGGAUGCCCCCCAGCCACGCCGCUGGGGACUAGCCGGGCUCCCGGAGGGCUGAGAGGCAGCCUUGGGAAUAUCCAUUUUUGAAAAGUUGUUUAACUACAUUCUUCCGAUGACUAGCAUAAUGACUGCCUGAGAGCGGGAGAGCGGGAGAGCAGGGACAGUAUGUGUCAGCUUCUAGGAAGUUAGGACCAGAAAGGAAGGCGGGAGGGGUCUAGCAAAGGCGCAGCAGCAUCUCCCAGGACUCCUGCAAUGGUUCAGAGCAGUUCAAUUGGACACAAGUUUGCCCGGGAGUGUUUUCCUUUUGUCAAUAAUUAAUCACUGGAAUCAGCCUGGCAAGACUGGAGUUUUAAAAACAGUGCAGAGGGUGAGGCAGAAGAAACACCUCGGGCUGAUAAAUCCAUCGGUAACUCCAAGCAGCAGGAAGCCAGUGUCCACACUGCUCAUCAGCCCACAGGCAGUCCACUGGGAGCAAGAGAAUGAAAGGGACUGUGGGACUUCAAAGGCUUUGCCAAUGGAGAAUAAACUAAAGCAGGUCCUACCAGACUGGGAAGACUUCAGAUGAAGGCCUAGAAACAACCUGGAAAAAUCACCAGAAAGUUGGCCAACAGAUGAGGAAUUUGUUUUGGCCACAGCAGCUCAGGAAACUAGCUCUUAAGAUCCAACUGACUGCUGCUGGCCGACACGAUGAAUCUACGGUACGUGAAGGAUUACUUUGCCUGGCUCUAUUACCAGUACACCAUCAUCAGCUGCUGCGCUGUCCUGGAGCCCUGGGAACGAUCCAUGUUCAACACCAUUUUCCUCACGAUCGUGGGAAUGGUAGUGUACACGGCCUACGUCUUCAUCCCCAUCCACAUACGUCUGGCUUGGGAAUUCUUUUCAGAAAUCUUUGGAGACCAAAGUACUGCUUCUGCCUCUAAUUGAAAUUGCUCAACACCAAGAGGGAAGGGCCUCUGCACUCUGUGAAGUUCUAUUACAUAAUGAUAUUGUCGCUUAGGCGUUUCUGAUUUGUGUGAACAUUGCAUCUUCUUGAAACAUCUGACCUGAAAAAACAGACUCUUAUCUAUGCACUACUCCACACUUUCUGGGUUUGAAAAGAUUACUCACUGAUCACAAGUAGCCACAAUGCAAAUUUCUCCAUAAGAAAAAUACUUUUCACAUUCUAUAAUCUUUCACAAAGAACUGUCUGCUCCUCAAAUCCAUGAUUUCAAAUCUAUUUUCUAUCAGAACAAUUUCUUAUUUAAGUCUGUCUGGUAAGCAACAGGGACAGGCACUUAGGAAAGGCAUAGGAAAGAGGGGUAUUCAGGUACCCAAAAGAGAAGAGUAAAUGAUAUUUUUGUAAGAAACGAUGCAGGAUAGGUAUCGUCUAUUCUGUUUGACGACGUAUGAGAGAUGUGUGCCCAAUUACAGGAACACCUCAAGGCAGCAUCUCCUGGGAAGCUGCCCAUUUCUUCCAAUGGUUUCCCCUCAAUCAUACAAGAAGGGUUUAAGGCAUCUACACCUUUACAGAAAAUGCCUCGUAUAAUCUUUCCCCCCCAAAGCAUGACCAACACCGGGGUCGUAGUAGUUUAAAAUCAACAAUGUUGGUUUUCCUGAAACAUGGAAUAAUUGUAAUUCAAAGUAACUGUGAGCACAAAAAGAAAACUCUGAUCAAAGCCGAUUCAGCUACCAUGUCUUCCAAAGUUGUCUUGCCUUGCAUGAUACUACAUAAAUAAAUUUUAAUUAAAAAAAAAAUCAAAUUGCUUUCUUGUCGUGCUAACACUCAGAGCAAGAAAAGCAUGUGUUUGGGGGCUAUAGGAGGACAAGCUGAUAAAUAGACUGGAAGUAAUAUUCUCACAGCAGGAAGCCUACAGCUCCAACUAAAAGCUUUAAUACAGUGGCUCCAUUGCAGCAGCAAUGAAAUUUAUUAAAUCAUCUUGGAAUGUUUAUUACAGAAAUGAGUGUCUAAUUGUACUGCUGACUCAAAUGUGAAUGCCAAAGAAUAAGCUUUGAACCAUUUUUUUUUUCCUUUACUGACAUGCACUAGUGUUGACAGAAGGGGAGAUGUAAAUAGUGUUUGGACAUUUCCGACAUAUCAGGGAGAAAUUAUUUAUUUGGGAGAGCUCGGGACAGUAAAAUGUUCUGUGUUCAAAGGAAGGAUUUUUGUAUUUGUCAAAAAUAUGGGCAUGUGCUGAAAGUGACCCAGUUCUGAAGAGAUAGAUUGUUUUUUGAAAAAAUAAAAGUUAGUUUAGUUGUU